AUGACUCAUUUAAGUUGCUUUCAGGUUGCCAUGGGAGUCCAAAGUGUCUCAGACGCCACGGUGUGCAAGGUGUUCCCUUCAACGCUAAGUGAUGCCGCGCAAAAAUGGUACCAGAACCUCAAGGAGGGCUCUAUUACUAGCUUCAGGGAGCUCGCUAUGGCCUUUAAAACUCACUUUGCUCCGAGCAUCGAACGAACAAAAAGAUCCAGUGAUUUGAAGAAAUGUUUUCAAAAGCAGGGAGAAAGUUUGAAAACUUACACUGCUCGGUUCAAUGCUGAGGCUAUCAUGAUAGAAUAUUUGAACGAUGAUACGGCCAUUGACGCUAUGAAAGACAACACCAGCAUGCAAGUCUUCCGAGAUAGCCUGAUCACCAACCCGGUUGAUACUUACACGGAGUUGAUGGACAGGGCUUGGAAUUAUAUCAACCUGGAUGAGGAGAGACAAAGGAAGGCUUAUGGGAUGACUAGCCCGGUUCCCAAUAAAGCGCAGAUGACUCAGGGAUCUAACCGUAGCCAAGAUCGGUACCGACCUCUGAAUGAGACUUCGGGGUACAGGGGCAACAAGCCGUUCAAUGCUCAACCCAGUCCGCCUAGCACGGGGCCUGGUACGAAGCCGAGUUUCAGUAUUGGGGGAGGAACGGAAGGAUACGUGGACCGAGCAGGGAUACCCACACAAUAUGUACAACUUAACACCCCGAGUGAUCAGAUUCUAUCUUGGAUCAAGCACAAUAAUGAAGAGAUUCGUUAUCCCCCGAGGCUGGUAAAGGAUGGAGACCGAUCCAAGUUCUGUGAAUUCCAUGAUGGCUAUGGUCAUGAAACAGAGGAAUGUGGGCGUUUGCGGAGUGAGAUAGACAAGCUGGUUUUCCAGGGGCGAUUACAACAUUUCGUGGUGGCCAAGGAGGGCCAUGACCGAGGAAAUACAAAGGUCAAUUCGGUCAGGUCGGAACCCGGGGGGAGCCGUGAAGCCCAAUCCCCAUCAAAGAAAAUACAAGUCACAGGGGUGAUCAACACAAUCUCGGGAGGAACUUUGGAAUCCGAGUAUGGUCGGAGACGCAGAAAGAAAAAUAAAAAGAUGGUCAUGUCAGUGUCUACUGGAUCGCCAUGGCCUAACAUUGUUUUCGGGCCAGAGGAUGCGAAAGGAGUAGAAUUUCCUCAUGAGGACGCAUUGAUUGUCUCUGCUAUCAUCGGAUCGAAAUGGGUAAAACGAUUGCUGGUCGACGAUGGUAGCUCAGUUAACUUAUUGACUCUGUCAGUCUUUUUGACGAUGGGAGGAUCCAAGAAUGAUCUUAAACCAGUGAACAUUCCCCUCCUGGGGCUGGGAGGAGCUCCGGUCAUCGCAGAAGGCAUGGUUGAGCUAGACUUGGAACUCGGAAUCGAGAUACCCCAGGAGGAUUGA